AUGGCGUUCAUGGUGAAAACCAUGGUGGGAGGCCAGCUGAAGAACCUCGCUGGGGGCCUGGGGGGCGGCGAGGAGAAGGGUGAAGGGGACAAAUCGGCGGCUGAAGCCCAAGGCAUGACUCGGGAGGAGUAUGAGGAAUAUCAGAAGCAACUGGUAGAGGAGAAGAUGGAACGAGAUGCACAGUUCACACAAAGGAAAGCAGAAAGGGCCACGCUUCGCAGCCACUUCAGAGACAAGUACCGACUGCCCAAGAACGAGACAGAUGACAACCAGAUCCAGAUGGCUGGGGGUGAUGUGGAGCUGCCCAAGGAGCUGGCCAAGAUGAUUGAAGAAGACAAUGAGGAGGAGGAAGAGAAGGCUUCAGUCAUUGGGCAGCUGGCCAGCAUCCCCAACCUGGACCUCAGCUCCAUCAAGGACAAGGCACAGGCUACUCUGGGAGAAUUAAAGCAGUCAGCUGAAAAGUGCCACAUCAUGUGA